UUCAACUUCCUGCCCUACCAGAGGAAGUGGGGAGUGAUAGCAGGUGCAGAGACAGCUAGCGGAGCCAUGGACAAGGAGUAUGUGGGUUUUGCUGCGCUCCCCAACCAGCUGCACCGCAAGUCCGUYAAGAAGGGGUUUGACUUCACACUCAUGGUGGCAGGGGAGUCAGGUCUGGGGAAAUCCACCCUUAUCAACAGCCUGUUCCUCACCAACCUCUAUGAGGAUCGGCAAGUGCCAGAGGCUAGCGCUCGCUUGACACAAACAUUGACCAUUGAGCGCAGGGGUGUGGAGAUUGAAGAGGGGGGCGUCAAGGUGAAGCUGACCUUGGUGGACACACCUGGCUUUGGGGAUUCUGUGGACUGCUCAGACUGCUGGCUGCCUGUGGUGCGCUUCAUUGAGGAGCAAUUUGAGCAGUAUCUCAGGGACGAGAGUGGCUUGAACCGGAAGAACAUCCAGGAUUCCCGGGUCCACUGCUGUCUCUACUUCAUCUCACCCUUCGGCCGGGGGCUCCGGCCCCUAGAUGUGGCCUUCCUCCGGGCGGUGCACGAGAAAGUCAACAUCAUUCCAGUCAUCGGCAAAGCAGAUGCCCUGAUGCCCAAGGAAACCCAGGCCCUCAAGCAGAAGAUACGGGACCAAUUGAAGGAGGAGGAGAUCAAUAUUUACCAGUUCCCAGAAUGUGACUCUGAUGAGGAUGAAGACUUCAAGAGACAGGAUGCUGAGAUGAAGGGAAGCAUCCCUUUCGCAGUCGUCGGUUCAUGCGAGGUGGUGAGGGACGGUGGGACCCGACCAGUGAGGGGACGCCGCUACUCCUGGGGGACCGUGGAGGUGGAGAACCCACAGCACUGCGACUUCCUGAACCUGAGACGGAUGUUGGUGCAGACACACCUGCAGGACUUGAAAGAGGUGACACACGAUCUGCUCUACGAGGGCUACCGGGCCCGCUGCCUACAGAGCCUAGCCCGGCCUGGGGCUCGUGAUCGAACCAGCCGCAGUAAACUUUCCCGCCAGAGCGCCACAGAGAUCCCGCUGCCCAUGCUGCCUCUGGCCGAGACGGAGAAGUUGAUCCGCGAGAAGGACGAAGAGCUGCGCCGCAUGCAAGAGAUGCUGGAGAAGAUGCAGGCCCAGAUGCAGCAGAGCCAGGCUCAGGGCGAGCAGUCGGACGCUCUCUGAGGCCUCCGCCCGGCCCGGCCUGACCUUACUUCGGCUCCGCCUUCGGUUCUCGCGGCUAAAGGUUCAGCCCGUCCGGGAGUUUGUAGCUCCGCCCCCCACUUCGCCMUGGGCUCACUUCCAGGAGCGGCCUCCAGCCCAGCUCCUGCCAGCCUCUCCCCACCUUGGGGUGUCGCCCCCCUUCAAACUAUGUCUCCAAUAAAAACUUAGCUUCCCGGGCGCCACGCAAGUCUUCUCACUGGCGGGAACCGGACUAGGGGGUGGAGCCUUCCCCCGCGGACUCCGACCCGUUCAUUCAUUUGUUGGACACUCCCUUCCUGCUGGGUAGUGUCUCCGCCCAGCCUCCUACCUGAGUCCCUCUCACAGAAACACAAGGCGCCGCCCAUAA